GUGGAUAAUACCAGUGUGACUCUGUGCUCUCCCCACACUGUGAGCUGGCCUCAUGUUGUACGCUCGUUCCCUAACCAGGUCCUGGAACACUGUGGGGACUCCAGAAAUGUUUGUUGGAUGAAUUAAUAUGCUUUAUGACUCUAGCGUCCGGGGGCUCAGUAAUUGAGGGAGGACAUCUGAGGAGGAUGUAUUUAAUUUAUGUGUCUGACCCUACCUAAGGCCUGGAGCUGGGAGGGUGAACUCUGAGGUAGAGAGACUGACAUUAUGACCUCCCGUGGUUCUGAGAUGUUUCAGAUCAGGCUCUGAGGGAAGGUGGGUCCCUGAAACUGGCUGAGUUAAUUGUAGGAAGCAAGUGUCAUGUGACAUCAUCUCAGGAAUGCAAUUAUGGCUUAGUCGUGUUGCUGAAGAACCUGUGAAAGGUCAGGACACUGGCUGCCAUAACUAGAAGCACCAAAGAUGGGUAGGAUGUAGGACUCGGUGCUUGGGCGCCUGCUUGCACUGAUGCCUCCUGCCUGAGCGCUGGGAAAUCUCUAGGACAAACCACAGGCUGGCACGGUGGUUUUCGAGCAACCCCAUCCCGACAGCACAGGUGCUCCCGGUCCUGGCCAGGGCCUUGCUGCCAUGACACACAAGCCAAUGGAGGAAUCCCUCUUCCAAAUCGUCCACUGCUACCACCAGUAUGCGGCCCGGGAGGGGGACGUGGAGACUCUGUCCCUGGAGGAGUUGAAGGCUCUGCUUAUGGACAAUGUGCCCUGCUUCAUGGAGAGCCUGGGCCGGAAGGAGCCCCACUACAUCUCAGAGUUGUUCCGGGCUGCAGACAAGAACAAGGACAACCAGAUCUGCUUCGACGAAUUCCUGUUCAUCCUGGGCCAGCUCCUGAAGGAUUACCACCUGCUGUACCACCGGCAACUGUGUGCCUGCUACUGCGCCCGGCACAGCCUGCACUAGGCAGGGACGCCCCGGAGAGCCCGCACUGGACAGGGAUGCUCCCGGACAUCUUGCACAAGACAGGGAUGCCCCUGAGCAGCCCGCACUGGACACGGACACCCCGGAAAGCCCACACUGGAUAGGGACGCUCCUAAACAGCCCGCACAGGACAGGGACACCCCUGGACACCCCACACAAGACAGGGACGCCCCUGAACAGCCUGCACUGGACGGGGACACCCCGGAAAGCCCGCACUGGAUAGGGACACCCCGGACAGCCCGCACUGGACAGGGACACUGCAGACAGCCCGCACUGGAUGGGGACACCCGGAAAGCUCGCACUGGAUAGGGAUGCCCUUGGACAACCUGCACUGGACAGGGAUGCCCCUGGACACCCUGCACAAGACAGGGAUGCCCCUGAGCAGCCCGCACUGGACACGGACACCCCGGAAAGCCCACACUGGAUAGGGACGCUCCUAAACAGCCCGCACAGGACAGGGACGCCCCUGGACACUCCACACAAGACAGGGACGCCCCUGAACAGCCCGCAGUGGAUGGGGACACCCCGGACAGCCCGCACUGGACAGGGACACUGCAGACAGCCCACACUGGAUGGGGACAGCCCUGAGCAGCCCUCACUGGAUAGGGACACCCCAGACAGCCCACACUGGACAGGGACACCCCAGACAGACCGCACUGGAUGGGGACACCCCGGAAAGCUCGCACUGGAUAGGGAUGCCCUUGGACAACCUGCACUGGACAGGGAUGCCCCUGGACACCCUGCACAAGACAGGGAUGCCCCUGAGCAGCCCACACUGGACAGGGACACCCCGGACAGCCCACACUAGAUAGGGGCACCCCUAAACAGCCCGCACAGGAUGGGGACGCCCCUGAACAGCCCGCAGUGGACAGGGACGCCAUGCACAGCCUCUGCCCACAGGUGUCUAUCUAGGAGCAGGAGCAGGAGCCUGAGCUGCUGCAGAGCUCUGCCCCGUGAGUCAGCAUGUGCCUGCAUGUGCCUGUACCUGUGCACAGGCAUGUGCAAUGCAUACCUGUGAGAGAAGAGAAGAGAGCAACACCACAAAUGUGCUGGGAAUUCUUUGUUUAUGGUUCUGGGCAUCUGCUAUGAGUCCAGAGAGGAGGCUUGCUGCUCCCUUGGGGAUCAUCCUUUCCAGCCCCAGUCUGAGGAGGGAGCCCUGGACUGAGAGGGGAAACAUGGUCUCACCUCCAGAAGGCCCAGUCUGAGGGGGGAGGGAGGAACGCCCCUGCUUCCAAUUGCCCCUGUCUGAGGGAGGAGUCUCUUCUCUUGGGGAGCUGGCUGUCUGACACGGAAGAUAGGCCUUACUGGUGAUGUUUUGACCACUCAUGUUCUAUGCGUACACUAUGGGAUAGGAGCCAAGAAGGCACAUGUACACUGGACCAGGACCCAUUUGAGGGUCUCCUUGCUUUGGAGAAGAGCCAAGGAAUCAGUGUACAAAGCAGGAGUAGCUUGGGCCUGAGAAGGGGCUGGAACAAGACCGGGAGGUGAUGUGGGUAAUUGUCCUGAGCUGGCUGGAUCAGGCAGGGUCAGUCUGAGAGCAGAUUGUGAGCUGGAUUUUGAACAUGCUGAGCCAGAGACAAGGAUUAGGGCAAAGGGAACACUCCAGCCUAUUAUGGUGAAGAGGGAUGAGUGGAACCUGGGCUACGGUCAAUCAGGGAAGUCUUCCUGGAGGAGGGAAGGGUGGGGUCUGGGUUUUACUAAUUGAGGCUGAUGUGGGCAUUACUGUACUUGGGGCUCAUGUGACUUACCAUCUAAGUCCUCCUGUGGUCUCUGACCCCUCCCAGGAGGGAUCUGCCCCUUCCCAUCUUUGUGUUUAUUUCUCUCUCUCUCUCUCCCUGGGAGCCCAGGAAUCUGAUGCAGAAUCUGUCUGGGUCAGUCUUCUCUGCCGUAGGCCCUGCUGGGGCCCAUCAUGGUGGCUUAGUUCUCAGAGGAUGGUCUGGGAAUCCAUGUCCUGAGUGUGUUGUGAUAACAAUGAGGAGUUUACCAAGAACGACAGGCAAUCAUCAUGGCCACUAUGCCAAUGACUGAGGAAUCAUUUAUGGGAAUUGGUUAGGUUCCCUCUCCCAGUUGUGCCACAGGAGGGGCAGCACCCUGUGGGCUGAGCAGGGGCCCUUGUUUCUGACCAGUCGAGCUCUAAAGCAUGGUGUUGCCCCCACUGUUCCCUGGACCUGGCCUGCCACGGACGCCCCUUGUACAUUUGCCAAUCCACCAGUGCUUGCCGUUCAGGACUAGGCUGGGUCCCAGCACUCUUCCUCUGGAUUUUCCUGCAUGCUCCAUGGGGUCUGUGGAGGUGCAUGUGCUGCUGUACCUUGGGUGUGUUUUGCCAUGUGUGCCCUCUACCGUUGUGAGCAUGGCUGCAGUAAGGAAUGCAGAAAUAGGGCCUGUGGUUGGGAAUCUCUAGUCAUGACCAGAAGCAUGGAUGGCCAAGUGAGCCAGGCCUAGGGUCAGAUACUUCCUGCCUGUCUGACCUAAGACUACUGGUUUCCGCAGACCUUCGAGGGCUAAGGGACCGGCUCACCCUAGACCUCCUGCCCUUUCCUGUAGUAGGGGUGGGGGGAGCGUGCAGUGGUUUCUACACUGGCUGCUGUGUCCUCAUUUCCUCAGCCGUGGGCACAGGCUUGGUUGAGCUAUUGGGACACAUGCCCAGGACUGAACUCUUUCCUGUAAGUAGGAGCAGGUUCCGCUCCUGGGGUUUCCCCAUGUCCACUGGUUUGAUUACAGACUGUGCCUUUUCCCUGAUGUGCUUACCCAGUUCCUGGCACAUUCUUCUAGCAAGUCACUCAGCCUGCUGCCAGCCUGGCUCCUGCUCCCCCUCAGGCCCCGGGACUGUUGGUCCAGGUGGAGCAUCUCUGCGGCAACUUUCAAGGCCUCGCUACUCAGCAAGUUCCGUGAAUAAGCAUGUGAUGCUGGAAGGAGGUCAUGGCUUAUGUCUGCCUUGAUCUUCUCCCUGGACCUGGAGCCUGGUUUCCUUAAUUUCUGGAUGAAGAAAGCUGUCUCCACUGGGACUGUUCUCAGGGGACUGCCUCCAAAGGAAGCAUCCCUUGAAGGGCCAGGGAUAUGGGAUGACAUCAUCUGCAUCAACCUCAUCCUCACCCUCACUGAGACAGGUCACUGUGGGCUCCAUCCCAAGCUUGUGAACAGAUCCUAAGAUAGUCUCAGAAAAGCCACUUUUUUUGGUUCUAAUGUGUGCUUUUUGGCACCUAAGCAGAUACAUGCCAUGGGAAGAAACUUGAAUAACUCCCCGUGCUUCUGUUUCCUCAUCGGUCACAUAGGGAUGAUUGUACCUGUAAUGUCCACUUCAAAGGGUUAUCAGAUGAGGCAGUGUUAUAGAAAUAUUUCAGAAGUAUAUUGUACUAUUUGGGAUAAGUAAGGUGCUAUUAUGCCAGGUCCACGCAGGAGAGGCCUGGUGACAAUAGGUGUGCACUAAGUGCUUAUUCACUAGUUGAAACUUGUUAUUGUAUAUGUCAGGAGCAGCCCCAUUUUUCUAUUAAAAGGUUGACUCACCUCUCA